GUCUCUGUGUUGAGAGGACGGGCGAGGCGAGGUUGCCGGGCAACACUGGAGGCCGAAGAAGAAGCGAUGGGCCGCGCUUCCGCGGUCCGCGGGACCGGAAGCAGCAGCGCCCAGAGCAAGAGGUCGGCGGCCGGAAGGGGCUACCGAGAGGACCGCUUCGUGGAGCUGCUGCUGAGGGCGCCCCCUGGUGGCAGGGCCCCGCGCCGCGCCCCGGCCAUCCACCGGGGCUACCAUGUCCGCGCCUGCGCAGUCGAGCACUGCCUCCGGGGAUUCCUGCGCCGAAGCGAGGGCCUCCCACACAGGCAGGUGCUCUCCCUGGGGGCAGGCAUGGACUCGCUCUUCUUCCGGGCCAAGGACGAGGGGCUUCUGCCCCGGACCCGGUUCUUCGAGGUGGACUUCCCGGAGGUCAUGGCCCACAAAGCGGCCCUCGUGUCUCGGACAGAGGGGCUGGCUGCCGUGGCUGGGAGUGGCACUUCUACACAGGACUCGGAGGCCGUUAAGUUUUGGGGAGAGGACUACAGGCUUCUGGGGGCGGACCUUGCGGAGCUGCCGCAGCUGGAGGAGGCGUUGCUGGAGGGCGGCCUGGACCCUGGAGUCCCGACGCUGAUCCUGGCAGAGGUUGUGCUCACCUACAUGGAGACAGAGAGGUCCGACGCCUUGAUCCGCUGGGCGGCCGGCUUCUUACCUCAGGCCUGGUUCGUCCUGUACGAGCAGAUCCACCCGGGAGACCCGUUUGGACACGUCAUGCAGCAGCACUUCCGCCGGCUAAGGUCCCCCCUCCGCUCCCUCGACCGCUACUCGGACUGCGAGGCCCAGCGGCUGCGCUUCCUCCAGCGGGGCUGGACGGAGUGCAGCGCCAUCGACAUGAAUGAGUUCUAUCGUCACUUUGUCCCCGGAGAGGAGCAGGAGAGGAUCCGGGCCCUGGAGCCCUUUGAUGAAUUUGAGGAGUGGCACCUGAAGUGCUCGCACUAUUUCAUCCUUGUGGCCUCGAAGGGGGAGCCCCUCUCUCUGGCUUCGGUUUUGUCUGCCUUGGAAGCCCUUCCGCCUUCCUGGGAGCCUACCUUUGCUGGGACGAUCUCUGCCUCGGUCUUCACAACAGAGACAGGAGCCUCCGGCUUGAGGCGCUUUGGCCAUCGCUCAGUGCUGCUCACUCCGCAGACGGUCCUGACCGCUGGGGGCUUUGGGGACCAGGAGGGGCGCCACUGCCGCCUGACGCAGCUGCACCUCCUGAGGAGGAGGAAGAAGAGGCACUCGCCGCCAGAGGAGCAGGACUGGGAGGGCCGAGCUCUGUGCCUGGCGGACUCCGGAGACACUUGGGACGGACGGCUUUUCCACUCGCUGACGCUCCUGAAGGCCGGCUGGGUCCUCGUUCUCGGGGGGCGGAGGUCCCCAGCAUCCCCCGCACUGGACGCCUGUCGCCUGAGUGUGUCGGGAAGCCCUGACGAGGACCUCAUGUCCGCUGAGCUCUCCCACCUGCCGCCCAUCCAGGGCUUGGACGCACCACGUUGGAGGCAUUCGGCCACUGAGGUUGAGCAUCGAGGAGAGACCUACCUCUUCGUCUACGGCGGGUGCAGCUCUGGGCAGCGCGUUCUGGACGACUGGCGCUUCCUCCACCUGGAGAAGAUGCAGUGCCACGAGGUUCCUGUGGAGGGUCCCAUGCCAGCCGGCCAUCACUCGCACAGCGCCUGUGCCUGGGAGGGAGGGGUGCUCAUUGCCGGAGGGCUGGGAGCCGCUGAACAGCCAUUGGGCUCCAUCCUGUUCCUGAGGCCGGUUGAGGGGGGCUUCCAGUGGCAGAUGCUGGAGACCUGCCCCCCACUCAUUCCCAGGUACUCCCAUACGGCCCAUGCACACCGGGGGAAGCUGCUGCUGGUGGGGGGCAUCUGGCUCCAGGCCCCUUCCGUGCCUGGUGUCGCGGUGGUGGACCUGGCCACAGGGCAGGCGGUGGAGUACAGCAUUGACACGGCUCCUCUCGAGUGGCCCCUGAUGCUCCACGGCCACAGCAGCGUCUUCUUGCCCAAGGAGGAGGCGGUGCUGGUCCUGGGCGGUGGUGGCAACUGCUUCUCCUUCGGCAGCCACCUGAACCGCCAUCCGGUCCGCCUGUCCCUGGGCUUCCUCUGGGCCGUGCGAUGAGGAUGUGUCCCCCUUGGAUUCGGACAGCGUCUCUGGCGCCCUUGACGAGAGAUGGGCUGGAUUUGCAAAGGUGGCCUGCUGCGUCCGUUUCCGGAGUGCCAUUCGCUCCCCUGCCUGGGCCGUCACCCAGAAAUGGCCGGCGCAUGUGGUGCUAUCCCAGGACAGGACUUGUUUGGCCUUGCUGGGUGUCAUGAAUAUUUUUAUAACAAAGAUUCUUUUUAUUGCAA